UAGCCCGAACCACUCCGCCCCCAAACCCAAAUCCGCAACCUGAAAUCCCCAAUUCCGCUCUCCCUCCCUCCCCCACCCUCCCGCUCCCCCGCAGCAGGCGAGAGCGCGAAGCGGAGCGGAGGCGGAGAGAUGGAGUCGGACCAGGGCAAGCUCUUCAUCGGCGGCAUCUCCUGGGAGACGACGGAGGAGAAGCUGAGCGAGCACUUCUCCUCCUACGGCGAGGUCACCCAGUCCGCCGUCAUGCGCGACAAGAUCACCGGCCGCCCCCGCGGCUUCGGCUUCGUCGUCUUCGCCGACCCCGCCGUCGUCGACCGCGCGCUGCAGGACCCCCACACCCUUGACGGCCGCACGGUCGAUGUCAAGCGGGCGCUCUCGCGGGAGGAGCAGCAGGCCACCAAGGCUGCGAACCCGAGCGGCGGGCGGAACUCUGGUGGUGGAGGCGGCGGUGCCGGCGGUGGCGAUGCCGGUGGAGCGCGGACAAAGAAGAUCUUUGUGGGCGGGCUGCCCUCCACUCUGACGGAGGAGGCGUUCAGGCAGUACUUCCAGACCUAUGGUGUAGUCACUGACGUCGUCGUGAUGUACGACCAGAACACACAACGUCCCAGGGGGUUCGGCUUCAUCACCUUUGACUCGGAGGACGCGGUUGACCGCGUGCUGCACAAGACCUUCCACGACCUGGGUGGGAAGAUGGUGGAGGUGAAGCGUGCGAUGCCUCGUGAGGCGAACCCUGGCGGUGCUGGCGGGCGUUCUGGAGGAGGUGGGGGCUAUCAGAGCAACAAUGGCCAUAGUGCAAACUCUGGUGGCUAUGAUGGUAGAAGUGAUGGCAGGUAUGGGCAAGCACAGCAGGGUAGUGGUGGCUAUGCUGGCUACGGUGCGGGGGGUUAUGGUACUGGUGCAGCUGGAUAUGGAUAUGGUGCUAACCCUGGAGCUGGAUAUGGAAAUUAUGGGGCUGGAGCAUAUGGAGGUGUUCCUGCUGCUUAUGGUGGACCUUACGGCAACCCGAGUGUAGCUGGCUCUGGUUACCAAUGUGGUCCUCCAGGCUCAAAUAGAGGACCCUGGGCCAGUCAAGCUCCAUCUGCUUAUGGUGCUGGAGGCUAUGGUGGCAACGCUGGCUAUAGCGCUUGGAACAACUCUUCUGGUGGUGGCAAUGCUCCCACAAGUCAGGCCCCUGGUGGAGCUGCAGGCUAUGGCAGCCAGGGCUAUGGGUAUGGAGGAUAUGGGGGGGAUGCGUCAUAUGCUAGUCAUGGAGGAUAUGGCGCUUAUGGAGCGCGUAGUGACGGUGCUGGCAAUCCUGCUAGUGGUGCAGUAUCUGGAUAUGGUGCAGGGUAUGGGAGUGGGAGUGGCAACUCUGGUUACCCAGGUGCUUGGAAUGAUCCUUCACAAGGCGGUGGAUUUGGUGGUUCAGUCAAUGGAGGUUCUGAAGGGCAAUCAAAUUAUGGCAGUGGCUACGGCAGUGUGCAACCCAGGGCUGCUCAGUAAAGAGAGGCGAUUAGAGUGUCUUUGAAAUGAACCAGCACAUCUGGGCAUUCUAUGUAUUGUUUUGUUACGCUGCUCUCUGAUUGUUCUCAGCCUCCUGAAGAUGGCCCAUUUGCUGGUUAAAUCAGUAUUUCUCCGGGUUGGAAUGCUUGAACCUUUAGUGGCUUACUACUAGAACUUCUAGUCAAUAAGUAGCUAUAAUGUGGAGUAGCAGUAUCUUGCAUUAUUUUCAAGUUUAGCUUUAUCCAUCUGUGUGCUUUUCCAUGAGUGAAGUUUCAGGUUGCUUCAUCUCUAGUCUCAAAAGCUAGAGUAGCUUGACUGCUUAUGGGCAAAAUUAUCUAGUUGUACCUCUGUUCUACAGAUCAUAUAUUUGUGUUUGACAGUAGUAUCUAUGCUGGAUCUUGUUCUACUUCUAUUCUGGAAUGUUCUGUAUUUUGUGGUUGUGUUGACCUGUGGUGCUGUGCUUACCCAUCUGGUUUUAGCUCAAGUUGGAGUUAUGGUGUUAUGCCAUAUUACAAACAUUCAUGGUUUGCAACAGAUGCCAACCCUAGAACUUCUAUUUUUAGUUAUCUGAUACUGUAGCUUCUUCUAACAAUAUGUUCAACUGUAGUGGAAGUGUUUUUAUGUAGCUGGAACGGUACAUCCUUCAAGUAUAUCAUGAAGCUAUGAAUUCCAUCUAUUUGGCUCUAGAUUUCCUUUUUCCAUGCAGCAGUAAGCUUGUUAGCAGCAAGAUUGUAGCACCAAGUUUCUAAGGUAGUAUAGAUAACGGAGUUAUCUGUGAAGCUACUUGAAUGAUGUAGGCGUAGCAACUGUAAAAGUAGAGCACUCAAGGAAUUUGACAAGUGAAAUAAUUGUCCUUCCUCCUACCUCUCCUUUCUGUACAGGUUGAAUGGGAAUAUGGGUUGACAUCCCUUUUUAGCGAUGCCUAGAUGAGGGCUACUAAAUCAGCCAUUGAAAAAGGCAGGUGACUCUGUGUUUACAUGAUGAGCUGGUGGAAAGUUUUCAUCUUGGAGAGCUGACAGAGUGCAAGAUGCCAGCUCAAGUGUUUCAUUUUCUGAAGGGUCUUGUGCUGUGCCACAGGAUAGUGGUAUGUGGAAUAAAAGAGUGUGAUGAGGUAACUGGAUGCACUGUCGCUUGGUCUGGGAAGCAUGAGCAAGGGCUUGGCUGCGUGGUGCAAAGGUUGGCGCCUGUGAUGGUAUUGUGUUCUAGUAACUUCCCAACAUAUAGGUGACUCUCUGUGUUGGAGGCUUCUUUUUACUGUGAUGAUGCUAUACUGCAGUGCAUUGUUGAAUAAUGCCCUAGUAUACUAACAAUGUACUUAUAUAUCCCUUGAUAUGCAAGCAUUGGUGCCUCUUUUGUUUAGUAUGAAUUCCAUUGAAUUGUACGCUGAAUUGUCUCCUCUGUUAUAGCUAUGCUCUACCUGCUGCAUUUCCUUGCCACUUAUGUUAGUUCAAACGUUAAACCGAUUGCACUCUGUUGAUAUUUUGACACCACUUCUGAUGGUAAAGAUGGGGAUAUAAAUUAUAUUUGAAAUUUUUUGGCUUAAAGUUACUUCACACCUUCUAGUACCUGUAAACAGGGACCCUUGUACAUUGCACAACUAAGAGAUGAGACCUGUUAAUUUGGAUGAAGAAAUUGCUUGAGUUUAUGCGGUAUAUGGGGCAGAAUUAAUGUUCUAACUGCCAUAAAUGUGUAACUGUAUCAUGCUAUCUUUGCUUGUUUUAGGCGAAUCAUACAACCGCUUGGUUUUUCACAUGUGGUGGUAGGCAAAAAAGGACAAGGUUAUGUAUUCGGUAUUCCUUAAUCAGGAGUCAUUUAGAGGCAUGUAUUAUGGAAUAAAAUGAUCUUUUAGUAAAGUAAAAUACAGAACAAGAUAGUUGACUCUCCUGUUUGUGGAAGUUGCUGGGAUAUUCAUAAUAAAUAAUAAAGCAGACAAUGAUGUAUUGAACAUGACCUGGAAUUUGAAACAUUUUAAUAUGUGCGUGAUUUGAAAAAAAUGGAAAAAAGGUGAACUCUGGCUACUAAUAUAUAGGGUGUUGGGGUGGGAGUAGGAUCUGAUGUGUUUUGAGCUAGGAUUAUUUUGGUUCAGCAAGGAGUUAAUAAUAGAUGUAGUUGAGCCUGGCUUGAAUCAGUGCUGAAUCUCGUCUUGGAUUUGUAAAUGGAAAGAAAUGCAUAUAAGUUAUCUAUAUCCUUUGCUUGCUAUUCUUGAUUGGAGAGUACUUAAAUUUGUCCUUAAAUGCAUUAUCAUGAAAUAAGUAUUGGAUGGGUAAUUGUUGUUUGACCUGUUUCUUAGAAUGUCUCUGCAAUGCGGUAUACCCAUAUAAAUUUGUUUAAUGCUCAUGACUCUGUAGCAUCAUAGUGCCAUAUAAGCUCAUUACUUCACUCAUGAAUGCUAUCUCAUGAUGUGGCGCGGUACAGAUGAAUCUUAUAUAAACUGGUUUCGUCCUCUUUUUUUUUACAGGCAUCUUGUAUUGCACGUGGCAAGGUCAAGUUCAAAUGCAUCUAAUCAGCUUGGCUAUCUCGCAGUUAGCAUGAGUUUGUUUCUGAAGGGCAUGUGUUUUUGAGAUGCUCAAUGAGACAACGUAACAUGCAAUAGCCUUUGAGAUAAUUUAUGCCAGCCUAAAAUGUUCCGAGAAUUAUUAAUUUCUAUUCAACUGAUGCAACUGGUUUUGACAUAAACUGUAUGAGCUCAUUAGGUCAAAAGCAGAUGGUUAAUUCCAGAGAACUAUUGUGACAUUUCACAAUUGCCUGAGGUUUCCUUUUCUGUGAUCAGAUAUAUUUAUCAAAUCUUAUUAAGUGGGAACUUCAUGUUGCCUGCU